AUGAAUGCUUUUACUGUGAAGGAGCUACAGCAAGUGCUGAGUGUGUGCAGGAGUGUUCUGAAUUCCAACCCGUCACAUUUGACACAUCUGGACCUGAGUAACAACAACCUGCAGGACUCAGUGAACGUUCUGUGUGCUGGACUGAAGAGUCCUCACUGUCGACUGGAGACUCUGAGAUUGAGAUGCUGCAGUUUGUCAGAGAUCAGCUGUGAUUCUCUGGGUUCAGCUCUGAAGUCCAACCCGUCACAUCUGACACAACUGGACCUGAGUAACAACAACCUGCAGGAUUCAUUAGUGAAGCAUCUGUGUGGUUUUCUGGAGAAUCGUCACUGUCGACUGAAGACUCUGAGCUUGUGCUCCUGCAGUUUGUCAGAGAUCAGCUGUGAUUCUCUGGUCUUAGCUCUAAAGUCCAACCCGUCACAUCUGACACAACUGGACCUGAGUAACAACAACCUGCAGGAUUCAGGAGUGAAGCAUCUGUGUGGUUUUCUGGAGAGUCGUCACUGUCGACUGGAGACUCUGAGUUUGAGUGGCUGCAGUUUGUCAGAGAUCAGCUGUGAUUCUCUGGCCUCAGCUCUGAAGUCCAACCCGUCACAUCUGACACAACUGAAUCUGAGCUGGAACAAACUGCAGGAUUUAGGAGUGAAGCAUCUGUGUGGUUUCCUGGAGAGUCGUCACUGUCGACUGAAGACUCUGAGAUUGAGUCACGUCAGUUUGUCAAAGAUCAGCUGUGAUUCUCUGGUCUCCGCUCUGAAGUCCAACCCGUCACAUCUAAAACACCUGGACCUGAGAAACAACAACCUGCAGGAUUCAGGAGUGAAGCAUCUGUGUGGUUUUCUGGAGAGUCGUCACUGUCAACUGGAGAAUCUGAACUUGGUGUCCUGCAGUUUGUCAGAGAUCAGCUGUGAUUUUCUGGCCUCAGCUCUGAAGUCCAACCCGUCACAUCUGACACAACUGGACUUGACUGAAAACAAGCUGCAGGAUUCAUCAGUAAAGCCUCUUCGUGACCUGCUGAAGAGUCCAGACUGUGGACUGCAGAUUCUGAGCUGGAGGUAAAUGAUGAAGAAGUAGAAGUUCCCGUGCAGCGGUUCCGACUGAUCCAUGUGACUGGGAGCAGAGCUUCAUCCAGAAGACAGAGAAAUCAAAACCAGUGGAGACGACUCUCAGUCUGACCUGAUCUGAGACCAGCUGCUCUGUGUCCAGUCCACCAGGACCAUGUGGGCAAUGAAAUGUGUGGUGCAGAACUUAUAUUAUAUUGAUAUUAGGGUCAGUGGUGACUGUAAUGCUUCUUCAGGCUCCGCUAGAGGUCAGUGACUGAGGACUUAGGGUCAUUUCACACAUUCAAUCAUUUGAGGAGUUUAUAAACUUUUCUCCUUGGUUCAGUUUUGUUUCAUACACAGAAAAUCCAAGCGUGCCAAAAUCUGGCUUCCAAGCGUGACUUCAAACUACGCGAGAACAAUUUCUCCUCUUGUUGGUCAGAUCUGAACAAAAAAGUAAACAUGGGAAGAAGGUCCUGUGUUCUGCACUGAACACAUAUGGACUGCACCAUGAUGCACUGGAUUCAGAUGCAUCACAGGUUGACAGACACUCUGAAUCUAUUUUUUUAAUUUUUGCCCACAUUUAAAAAGCACUUGGAAAUACUGACUGGCACAGUGUCACUGUAUUGGCCCAAUAUAUUGCAUUACAACAACCUCUAAUAUAUUAUUUUUGUUAUGUUUGUUGGGGAAAUGUUUCAAUAAACCUGAUAUUUCUUAUUUGUUUUUUCCUAUUAUGAACAGUAUUUUUUGAGUGUAGACACAUUUACAGCUCAGGUACUGUAUAAAGUAAACAACGUUUGUGUCCUCAUUGCUGCACUUUGGCGUUUUCAUUCUCCCCCUGUCUUCGCCUCCGUGUGCGUGAACCUCAGCCUGUUUGUCCAAGUCUCAAAUUAAACUCAUUAAACUCAA